AUGGAUCAGUCCUCGGCGGUUGGAACCACAGCGAUUUCGUCCUCGUCGCUUUUCACCACUUCCAACGUGCUGACACAAGCGCCGGACGCAUCGCACAGCAGCGACAUGGAGUGCAUCGAGGAGAAUGUGAUCAUUGAUGAAAUAACCGAAGCAGAACCAACUUCCGUCACUCUUCGUUUCUGCAAACGUAAGUUUCUUCGACCAUACGUAAUCAUACUAGCAAUUGCUGGACUUCGGCCCAGCUCCAGCGAUGUGGAGUUGCUCGGGCGUUGGGUUGGACAUCUACAAACUAUUCUGGUGCUGCUUCUUCUUACGAUUGGUUACGUCUUACAAUUUAUGUGUGGAUUCAGACGAGACCACGGGCUUUUAGAACCAAAUGAAUCUUUACCCAUCUCGACCACACCGGCAGGAUGGUCAACCACCACACCGACGACACCGGAAACCGUCAAACUAUUUUCCAACUGGACAAUACGGAAUCAGACAGCACACAGUACCGACGGAAGCAGCAACACAACACUGUACACAGACCAGGAACACCUUGGCAUUUUAGCUUCGGGCGAGGCCAUUUUCAUCUAUCUCGUUCCUGCCUUGCUGCAUCUGAAUGGUUACCUACUGGCGGUAUUCAUUUAUCGGUUCGCCGAUAACGAACAAUUACAGAGUCUCAUCGAACGGGUCUUUAUCCUCAGCAGCAAUCCGCGUCGGUUGGUGUUGACACUUUGGCUUUACUUUGGACUGGGGUUGGUUUGGCUGGGCGUCUCCAUCGCGUACGUAACGCUGCUGGGAGUUGAUAGGAUCACCGUUUUCGAACGAUUUUUAUCCUUCGGAUGGACUGGAAAUCUGGCACGGUGGACCCAUACAGCCGAGGUGUUGAGAGCAUUGCUAGCGUUGACGCUGUUUUUCCACGAUCUCGUACAGAUGGUGGUGAUUGUGAGUUAUGGUUUAAUGUGUUACAUGCUGCGAUGUUAUCUGAAGGCGCUGAAGGAAAAGCUACUGCUGCAUACGAUCGAACCACUGAACUGGAUGCGGGAGAUUUGUGAGUUCCGGAAGUUACUUCACCAUCUGAACACAAAAAUCUCGCUGCCGGUCGCGAGCCUAACCGUGCUAAACCUCAGCUACACCGUUUCGAGCGUGGCGCAUCUGUUCCACGAUAUGACGGCUUGUCCGAUUAACAUCUUCACCGCAAGCCUCGCCAACAUUCUGCUCUGGCUGGUCAUCGCACUGAUGCCAUUCUUCCAGGCCGCCAGCCUUACCGUCACCUGCCGCCAAACGCAAUCCUGCGGCCAUCUGAUAAGCAUUCGCCCGUUCGUUCACCGGAACACGUCGUCCGAAGAUUUGAACACCGUGCUGCUGUACGCGUCCUCGCUAAAGAUGUCAGCCAAAUUGUUCCGGAUGCCCGUCAGCGCCCACUAUCUGUGCUUUCUCGUGCUCGUCUGCUUCAUCGGUGUGCUAACGUUCGGAAUGUGCCUCAACAUAUCGCUCGGUCCGCUGUAG